AUGGGAACAGAUAUGUGCAGGAAACACCUGCCGAAAAUAAAGCAAUUGCUUAUAAAUUUUGAAAGGGAACCUAAAGAAAUUCGGGGAAGGGAAAAACAACUGUGGUUCUUGACCGGAGAAGAAAUAUUCAAAACUUUAUUUGAAGUGGGUCAGAGUAUUGAAUGGCGCUAUCCAAAAAUUAAAGAUCAAUCUAACGUAUCUGAAAUCUGUUCUAAGGUAACAGCCAAUAAAGUCUGGCUGGAAUCUGUUAUUAGUCUUUACCCAAACUUUCGCAUCAACUUAGAUCUAACCUGCUCAGCAGACGAUAUUUGCAAAGUACGUUCUGGAAUAGAUGUGCUAAUAAAAGGAUUCUCUGGCAUUAGUCCACAAUUUGACAAAGUUUUAGAAAACAUAAACGAAGAAGAAGUUGUCGAAUUCGACAGGUGCUUAAAGAUUUGGGUGGAAACUGGACAUCGCCCUGACUUUCGGAAUAAGCCUUCUGGUUUGCUUCAAGAACAUUGGUGGUGGUUUUAA